UGAGGGAGAGAGAGAGCGCGCGCAGAACGAGCGACAUAUAGAGAGGAGAGAGAGAGAGAGAGAGAGAGAGAGAGAGAGUAAGAAAGGUCCAUGCAGAGGAUCCUCUCCGCCAGUCCUCAACUAAAGAGCGGCGCUGCCAAGCUGUGUCUGACGGACAGAGCCACAGCGCUACAGCCCCGUCCCCGCAGUUUCAUUUCCCCUCAGGCUGGCUCCGGGUCCUACCGCGCACGCAUCGGACGAUGAAGACGCACGGGGGGCAGAGACGUCCUGCAGUGGGAUUCACCUUAUUAUCCGCCGUCUUAUGGAUUGUCUGCCAUGUAAACAGCAUUCACGGAGCUUUGCCAACAACCCAGAAGUGUGAUGAGGCUCUUGCGUCCCCACUCCCCCACACUGCCUUCACCAGCUCGUCCGUCUUCACCAACGGAUACGCGCCUGGCUACGCUAAGCUCAACAGGAGAGGAGGGGCCGGCGGGUGGUCUCCCCUUGACAGCGACCACUACCAGUGGCUGCAGGUGGACCUGGGCUCCAGGAAGCAGGUGAGCGCCAUCGCCACGCAGGGCCGCUACAGCAGCUCUGAUUGGACGACACGCUACCGGCUCCUCUACAGCGACACAGGGAGGAACUGGAAACCCUACCACCAGGAUGGCAACAUCUGGGCCUUCUCGGGGAACUCCAACUCGGAGAGCUCGGUACGCCACGAGCUGCAGCAGGGCAUCGUGGCGCGCUUCCUGCGUCUGGUACCCCUGGACUGGAGCGAGGAGGGCCGCAUCGGCCUGCGCAUGGAGCUCUACGGCUGCUCCUACUGGGCUGACGUGAUCAACUUUGACGGACAGGGAGUCAUUGCAUACCGCUUUAAGGUGAAGAAGGUGAAGAUCAUCAAGGACGUGAUCACGCUGAAGUUCAAGACGUCGGAGAGCGAGGGGGUGAUCCUGCACGGUGAGGGCCAGCAGGGCGAUUACAUCACCCUGGAGCUGCACAAGGCCGAGCUGCUGCUGCAGAUCAACCUGGGCAGUAACCAGUACGGCUCCAUCCUGGGCCACACCUCCGUGUCCAGCGGCAGCCUGCUGGACGACCACCACUGGCACGCCGUGGUGAUCGAGCGCUUCCGCCGCAACGUCAACUUCACCCUGGACACGCACACCCAGCACUUCCGCACCAACGGGGAGUUCGACCACCUGGACCUCGACUACGAGCUGAGUUUCGGGGGAAUGCCGUACAGUGGGAAACCGUCAGGAGGAGGGAGGAAGAACUUCAAAGGCUGCAUGGAGAGCAUCAACUACAAUGGAGACAACAUCACCGACCUGGCCCGCCGCAAGAAGAUCGACACCUCCAGCUUUCGGAACCUGACCUUCUCCUGCAUGGAGGCGCACUCCUUCCUCUUCUUCAACGCCACCAGCUUCCUGCAGCUGCCCGGGCGGGCCAAUCACAACGCGGCGUCGGUGGGCUUCCAGUUCCGCACCUGGAACCCCGACGGGCUGCUGCUGUUCAGUAACCUGGGCGACGGGACGCUGGAGGUGUCCCUCGAAGGCGGCCAGCUGGCGGUGCACAUCAACGCCUCGCGGUCGGGGGGGCGGAGCCACUACGCCGACAUGUCCUCAGGCUCCGACCUCAGUGACGGCCAGUGGCACGCCGUGCGCCUGGUGGCCAAGGAGAACUUUGCCAUGCUGACCAUCGAUGGCGACGAGGCCUCUGCCGUCCGGACCAGCUCGCCUCUCUCCAUCACCACGGGAGGCACCUAUCACCUGGGAGGCUACUUCCAACAGACGCCCUUCCCUCCCUUGCAGCGGUCCUUCCAGGGCUGCAUGCAAGCCAUCCUAUUGGACGAUCAGCCCGCCGACCUCCACGCGGUGGAGAAGGGCGUGGCCGGGGCCUUCGAGAACGUGAGCCUGGACAUGUGCGCCAUCAUAGACAGAUGUAUGCCCAACCACUGUGAACACGGUGGGCGUUGUAAACAGACCUGGGACGGCUUCAGUUGUACCUGCGACGGGACAGGAUACACGGGUGCCACCUGUCACACAUCUAUCUAUGAGCCUUCGUGUGAGGCCUACAAGCACCUUGGCAGAUCCUCUGACACCUACUGGGUGGACCCCGAUGGGAGCGGGCCCCUCGGCCCCUUUAAGGUCAACUGCAACAUGACAGAGGACAAAGUUUGGACCACGGUGAUGAACAACCUGCCAGCCCAGACCACUGUGAUGGGCUCCAGCAGAGACAGACGGACAGUCCUUCAGGUUAACUACAGCGCUUCUAUGGACCAGGUGACGGCUAUAACCACGAGCGCAGAGCACUGCGAGCAACACAUAUCCUACAGCUGUCGUACUUCCAGACUCCUCAACACCCCAGAGGGGACCCCGUACACCUGGUGGGUCGGCCGAGGGAGCGAGAAGCACUUCUACUGGGGCGGCUCGGGGCCUGGAGUCCAGAAGUGUGCGUGCGGGAUCGACCGGAACUGCACCGACCCCAAAUAUGACUGCAACUGUGACGCCGACCAAAAGCAGUGGAGAGAGGACUCAGGACUCCUGGUCUACAAGGACCACCUGCCCGUCAGCCAGGUUGCCGUGGGCGACACCAACCGACCGGGCUCCGAAGCCAAGCUGACGGUGGGGCCGCUUCGUUGCCAGGGAGACGGAAACUACUGGAACGCGGCCUCGUUCACCACGCCCUCGUCCUACCUCCACUUCUCCACCUUCCAGGGAGAGACCAGCGCUGACAUCUCCUUCUACUUCAAGACCAGCGCUCCCUAUGGGGUGUUCCUGGAGAACCUGGGGAACACAGACUUCAUACGCUUGGAGCUCAAAUGUAAGUGGCGUCUGUGUUUGUGUGUGUGUAGCAAGCAGGGCACAGAGACCGGCCACGUGGACCCUGAGCUCAUCGACCGCUACAACAGCCCGGGAUUCGUCGGGUGCCUGUCCAGGGUGCAGUUCAACGGCGUCGCGCCACUCAAGUACGCCCUCAGAACACCCGCCUCUUCGUUGGCCCCGCCCCCGGGAGCAGCAGCAGCAGCAGCCACAGCCGUCGGCCAAUCAGAGGGACGCACGGUCUCACGGCAGCCAGCGUCCUACCAGGGCAAGCUAGUGGAGUCCAACUGCGGCGCUUCGCCUCUCUCCAUCCCACCCAUGUCGGCCGCAACGGACCCCUGGCAUCUGGACAACACAGAUGCAGAGUUUCCCUUCAACGAAGAGAGAGUUGUCCCUGAUGGCGUCAACAGAAACUCAGCCAUCAUCGGAGGCAUCAUCGCCGUGGUGAUCUUCACCAUCCUGUGCACCCUGGUGUUCCUGAUCCGCUACAUGUUCCGCCACAAGGGCACCUACCACACCCACGAGGCCAAGGGUGCGGGCGCCGCGGGGGCAGAGGCCGGGGUGGGCGGGGAGUCGGCGGACACGGCCAUCAUCGGCACCGACAACCCGGAGACCAUCGACGAGUCCAAGAAGGAGUGGUUCAUCUAGACCCUGUGUGCAAACACCACCGGGGCGAGAGACAUAGGGAUGUAGUAGUGAGAGAGAGAGAGAGAGAGAGAGAGAGAGUGUGUGAGAGAGAGAGAGAAUGGUAGACAAUGGGAGAGAGAGAGGAAGUCAGAGAUCCGUCCAACCACCAUAAGACGGGGGUGGGAGGGGGGGGGGGGGAGACAAGAGGUUAAAGGUUUACAUUCGAUGACAGAAGGUCAUCCACCGGGACAAUGGCCUCCCGAAUGAGGGGUAGGGAUGCAAUAUCUUUUUUUUUUUUGUUUUUUGGUUGAUUGAUUUGUUUGUUUUAUAAACCCCAGGACUUUAAGAAGGAGCAUCCCGAUGCGAGUUAUUCAGAACGGAGCGAGGAGCGAGAGACUACACGCGUGUACAUACUAACCGGCUCAUCCUUCUUUGUAUUGUGCUUGGGAGUUUUCAGGAGUCCUUUGAAUACUGUAUAUGAACAAUAAUUAUAACUAUUGGGUGGCGUACUAGCACCAAUUUAUUGCCGGUCUUGAUUUGUUUGUUUUUUGGUUUUGUCCUUUUCCUUUUUUACAAGAAAAUCUAUAAAAUUGAUCAAAAACCAUGCCAAACCCCCCCUUUUUUAACGAGGCUGUGGUAAACACAGUCUUCAGACCCUGCAUCGCCCAUAUCCAUGGAGGGCUACCCUAGUCCGCAGCCACCUGGACGGGGGAUAUGGAGUUGAAACACGGAUGCCAAAUGUCACUCUGUAAAUACGUCGUGAAAUGUUGUUUUCUUUUCUUUUUCUUUUCUAAAAGUUAUAUGGAGAGAUCUAGGCAUAAUACGUUUACGCAAUUUAGGUAAUGUCCAUACCUAUAGAUAUAUAUAUAUAUAUAUACAUAGGCCUACAUAUAAAUGACUUGACAUUAUAUUUGAUUCAUCGCAUUGUAUUCCUGAAAGCGAAGAGAAGAGUUUAACGAGAGCUCGGAAUGGGUGUGGUUCGAUGGUGGACGUAGUGUUGUGGGGGGGGGGGGGUUGGGGGAGGUGGGUGGAGAAGGAAGGCAUCAAGAUGUCAUUCAGUAUUUUCCAAUCAUUGUGAGUUUCUGUUGAGCAGGGGGCAGCUUUCUUUCUUGGACCAUGUGAAGGUAUAUUUUCUAAUCAAACCUCGGCCAAAGACGCGAGUCUUCAUUCACAAACCCUCCUGGCUUCGAAUUGAGGUUGGCAACUGUCGGGAGGCCUGUGUGGUGACAGGCCGCCACCAGGGGGAGUAGUGGUGCCAUGAGCAUAAUAAGUUGUUACAUUUUGGGUUAGGUGCGAUGCCAGAGUCUUUCCCAGCUGGUUUACAACACUUGUCGCGCGGCAUCACCCCUCUUACAAAGCCUUUCUCCAGACCCCGUAAACGUCGCCUGGCGUUUUUCUUGAACCCAGUCCAACAUGAGUUACAGCUCCAACUAUGACACUCAAGUCUGAUGUUAAAUGGCUGAGUAAUCCAUUGUGCCUUCGAGGUGUUUAGCCAUUCAGCCUUCCCCCGUGAAGUCUGCACAUACACGCCAACUGUAGGCUAAACGCUGUGGUCACGUGAGAAGAAUUAAAGCUUAAUUUAUUGUGUUUUUUACUGUGGCAUGAUUUGAAGGCCUUGGGCGACAUUGUCAACUGAAUAUUUGCAUUGAUAAACGACUGACCCUCCGCAGCCCGUGUCAGACACAUAUCAUACGAGGGUCAAUGGCUCUUGGUUGCAUGUUAACUUCGACUCUCCCUGCAGAAGAACAGAACCGCUGUUGUCCAACAGACUCCCACUUAAAAGACAUAAUUUUUCUUCUCAUUUUUUUCUAAUUAUACUUUAUUGUGGUUGUUUUAGGCCUAUGCUAUUGUUGUUCCCAGCUUUUACGGUGUAACAGGCCAAACGGUACAACUGCCAUUGUUUUUGUGUCCUGUACUUUUGAGUUGUGAUAUCUCUCAAUACAUGAAUGGUUUCUUAUGUCAGUGUUCCUUGUCCUUUCGAGUGCUAAUCACAUAUAGCUUGAACCCGAGUUAGCGGUGUUGGCAGUCCCGCCAUCCGUAGACGGCAACAUUUCGUCAGGGCCUCGAAGAAGGUGCUAGUUCAGUCUAAAACAAAACUUCAAUCAAUUCCAGGACUAUACUCUACAAAAAAGAGUGUUACACAAGCGACUUUGAUUCUGGAGCUGUUUAACUCGCCCGACUCAUCGCAGGAAUCGUUACACCGUCCAUCCCUCCCCCCAUCUCCCACACACGUACACAAACAAGCAUACAGAUGUUAUGCAUUGGGUCAGAAUGAUGAUCAGAACAGAAUCAUAUCUAUGAGUUAUAUUAAGUUCAAUAAACGUCUUUUGAUCCUA